AUGAGGAUUUUAGGAAAAUUUAUCACUGCCGCUCUCCUCCUCUUCUUCGUGUUGAUCAUGACUGCACCAUCCACGGCGGAUAUCAUAUCUACGAAGAUCCGAUCCCAUAACCGAAAUACGAUCCUCUUCUCGGAGUUCGAAUACUCACAUACCGGUUACGUUUCCGUCAAGGUCUCCUCCGUCGGGAUCUCCUCCAUUCCGUUUACAUCCAACUUAUCACAACCUGAUCCCUCGCGCAUUGGUUUCUUCCUUUUAUCGGAUGAACUGUCAUACCGCUACCGCCAAGAAUUUAAAAGAAACCCGGAUUUGUGCGUCUUGGAUAUUAACUUCAUCUCAGUCCUCUUUACUUUUAGAGAUCUCUCCCCUCCUCCUGAGUCCUCUUUUAACAAAUCGUAUCAUGUCAUAUAUCCUGGUGUGUACUCACUUUACUUCGUCAACUGCAACGAUCUAUCCCUCUUGACGAUGGAUGUCCGCUCAGAGCUUUACAACACCGGGUUUUUGAUCUCCAUAUCCGUUAAGAACCAACAAUGUGUUAAUCUGAUGCAUUUGCAAAUGGGUUUGUUGCUUGUUACGAAUCUCCUUUACUUUAUGUGGGCGGUGGCGGUUCAGCAUGACCUGAAGGUUACUGAUAUCAUCUGUGGCGUCGUUGUUUUUCUCCACACUUUUUGUUCGGCUGUGUCGUUCAAAAUGGCUAAGGAUACAUCAACCUUUGUGAGGUCGUAUAGCUCGCUCAAGGAGGUUACUUCUAGGCAUGAUGUGUUCCCUUUCUUGCUUUUUGUAUACAUUAUCUUCACGAGGGGACUGAAUGUCGUGUUGCAGACUACUGCGUUACAGGAAACCUGCACUCUUGUGUUCUCAAUGGUCAUGUUAUAUAUGUACAGGCCAUUUCCUCUGGGUGAUGAGGAUCAAAAGUGUGUGGGAUUUAUCGAUCAUACUGGUGCCUAG